AUGUUUAAUUUAGAAGACUUAUUGGCAGAGGAUGAAAAUGAUAUUAAUGAUGCAUCAAAUUUAGAGAUUGAUGAUAUUCUAAAUGAAAGUGAUAAUUCCAUAAAAGAAUUGGAUAUAGAAAAAGUAUUGAAUAUUUUCAAAAUUAUAUAGGCACAUUAAAUUUUGAGUGAGAAAAAAUAGAAAUUCAAAGUGUCAAUAAAAUGUGGUUAGAAGGAAUAUGAAGAUUUAAUCAAAAAGUAUAUAGAACAUGAUUUUGAAUAAUAAACAGAAGAGUUUAAAAUUGAAAUAUCUUCAUCAAAUGAGGAGGAUAUAAAACCAGAAUCAUUGAUUGAUAAAAUUGAUAAAUAAGAAAGAAUGAUUAAAGAAACUUCAUUACAAAAUGUAGAAUUAAUUAACAAUAAUAUUGAAAUAGAAAAUAUAGAAAUACACGAUUUAUAAUAGAUUUCUAAUUAAUUGAAGAAAUUAUCUGGUCAACCAUGUUUAAUUAUUUUCUAAUAUAAUAUUCUAUCAAUAGGAACAUCAGUUGGUGAAAUUCUAGUAUAUUCAGCAGCUAAUAAUGACUUCAUCGGUAUUUAUAUAAACUAAGUGCAGUCUUGAAAUAUAAUUCUAGAGUGAGUGCAAUUGAUAAUACAUAAGUAUUUUUAGUAGCUAGUUACGAAGAUUGUGCAAUAAUCUUAUGGGAUCCCAAUACUAAGGCUUAAUUAAAACAUAUUAAACAUUAAGAACCACUAUUAUCAUUAAAAUUUUUUAAUGAAAAUUAAUUUAUUAUUUCAGACUACUUAGGUUAGACAUCCAUGUGUAAAAUAACAAAAAUGUUAUGGUCAUAUUAAAUUGAGAUUGAAAAACUAUUACCUAGGUAAACAUCUAGAAUAUUAAUUUAGAUAGAUUCAUCCAUUCUAUCAAAUUUCUAUAUUUAAAUAAGAUUAUAUUGCCUUUUCUUGUUUAGAAUAAGUAAUUGUGAUGAAGACUGAUUAAUAAUCUCAAAUUAUAAAAAGAAUAAAAAGACAAAUUGAUGGUUAUACUUAUCCAUGCACUAGUUGGGGAUAGUUUACUAACACUGAAGAGUAUACAGAAAUGAUUGAAAUUGCAUUAGCAGUAUCAUGGGGAACACAUUUAGAAAUUUAUAUUGUUGAAAAAUAACAAUUAAUUUAAAAAUAUUCUUUUAUUUUAAGUACUAUUAUCUCUUGUAAUUGGGUCUCUAGAGAUAUGCUAUUGAUUUUUACAAAGGAAUAUUAAAUUAUAACUAUGAAUGUUUAGUAUUUUAAUAAGGAUAUAAUCACUGAAGAAUCAAGAAACACUUUAAGAAAAUAAAACAAUUAUUUAUAAAAUAAAACUGACAAAGCCAUUCAAUCAAUCACUCCUUUAGGUGAUGUAAAUAAUUUUCCAUUAUAAAUAAAUAAUGGUUAAUAAAUGGUUUCAGUAUAUUUGAAUUGCAUUCAUGCUAAUGCUAGAUUCAUCUACCUUUUAAAUCUUCCAUUGAUUAAAAGAGUUAAAUUGCUCAUUUGGUCAGAUUAUUUGAAGGUAAUGAUUGAAAAAGCAGAAACUAAGAAAAAUUGGUAUGAUAUUUUAUCAUUUGGAAUUAAAUUAUAUUGGAAUUAAAUACAUUGUUUUGCUAUCCCUUAAACUAGUUAGGAUUAAAGAGUUGUAUUUUCAGAUAUUUCUAAAGAUAUAUGUAGCACAUUCAUUAAUCUUGUUGGACAAAGUAUCGAAUCAUAAAAAGUAUCAGAGCAGAUAAAAUAUGAAUAAUGGACAUAAACAAUAUAUUCAGCUAUUUAAUAUUGUAUACAUUGUAAUUAAUAGUAAUACCUCUUUACUGGAAUGAAAACUUUGUUAAUUAAAUUUCAUCGAUAUUCUUAAUUGCUAGCUUCAUUAGAACAAUUUAUUUUAAAUAAGUAAAUUAAAUAAAUUCCUAUGGAUUUACUUCUUUAAAUAUCUACACAUUACAAAGUGUUAAAUAAAUCAGAUAUUGUUGAAUAACUUAUUUUGUCACUGGAUCCUAAAUUCUUAGAUAUGACUACGAUAUUUUAAAUUUGUCAAGAAAAUGAUUUAUAUACUCCAUUAAUGGUUGUAUGUCCUCGUAUCGACCAUGAUUACAUUACACCAUUAUAAAAGAUGUACUCUAACUUUUUGAAAACCUCGGAUUAAAAUAUGCUAUUAAAAUCUUUAUGGUUUAUUAAGUUGACUUUUUAAUAGAUUAUAUUUCCAAAUGAAAGGAUUCCUCAAGAUAGAUUUUAACAUGCUUUUGGAUAAGUGAUUAUGUGGUUGUUAAUUGAAGAUAUCUUAAGGAAUUUUGGAAUUCAUUUGCCAAACGAACUUUUUGAAAUUCUAAAAAUUGCAAUGAACUAUGCUUCCUUAUUUAAUUUAGAUUAAUUAUAAAAAUAUUUCAAUUAUCAAAAACCUAUUUUGGUAGCUUUUAUACAUAAAAUUUAUAAAAGUUUAUCCUAAUCAAUAGUUACUCAUGAGAGUUUAGGUAUAGAAUUUAGUAAAUUCAUUGGUUCAAUAAAGGGUUUAGUUCUUGAUGAAGAAAUAUAUAUAAAAUCAUUAAAACAUUUAGUGUAAGAUCGAAAGAACUUCUAAUUGAUAUUAAACAUAUUAGAACAAAUAGAAUUGAAACCAAUAUUGAAAAAUGAGCUAUUUGAAUAGGCAAAUGAUAAUUAUAUUAAGUCUUUAUUUGCCCCAGAUAUUUAUAAGUAGAUUGACCUAUGUUUAUUGAAAGUAAAUAAAGGGUUUUUUUAACUUAUGAUUUAAAGACAACUUAAUUAGAGAAGAGAAUAAACCUUAAAGGUUUUAGAAUUGUAUUUUGAUACACUUUUGGAAAAUCAUCAAACAUUAUAAAUUUUAAAAUAGAUAGUACCUACUCUAACUUCUAAUGAAUAAUAUAAGUUAAUGAAGAGAGAAUAGAUAACUAAUGGAUACAUGGAAUUAUUUUAAUCGUUGGGUUCAUAGAAUAAAGAUUUAAGAGCUUUAUUAAUUAGAGCUAGUUGUAUUCAUACACCAAAUCAUGUUUUAGAUAAAAUUCAUCAUUUUGCUUUAGAUGAUUUGGAAACUAUCUUUAUAGAAACCAAACACAAAGAAGGUUUGGGAUAUAUUUAUGCAAGAGUUGGAAAAUUUGAAAUAGCUAUGUAAUUUUUUAUUUAAAACUUACUUGAAUAUUUAUAGGAAUGUUUUACUUAAUAAUAAUUUUCAAGUGAAAUUUUGAACUUAAAAUUUGAUUUAUUAUUUUAGACAUGUAAAGACAAUUUAUCUCAUAAUGAUAAGAAUUCAUUCUUAGAAUUGGGUCGUGGAUUAUUUAAUUCAGAAACACAUUCUCAGAUUUGGAUUUUAUCAGAAUAAAUAAAUAAUAAUAAUUAUUAACAUAUGAUACCAAUAUUAUAAGUAAUAAAUAGUAGAUUAUGUGAAUAUUAUAAUUAUUUGAGUAUUGAUGAAUUGAUUACUUUGAUGGAAGAAUAGAUAGAAAUAUUUAGAAUGAUAUGGAUAAAAUGGAGUUUUAAGAAUUUGAUUAAUGAUUAGAGAAUAUAGUAUAGGAUAUGGUAUAAAAGUUAUUAUAUUGAAUUACAAACAUAUCUAGAAUUAAAGUGGGGUAUAUGGCAUUAAAAUGUAUAGAAUAUUAAUUUUGUAGGGAAGUAGUCCUGAAUAUGAGAAUGAAUGUAGUAAUUGUAAUGAAAUGAUAACAACUGAUGGGAAAUAGCAUAUUUUAAUUAGAAAGUGUUCACAUUCAACUCAUCAAAGUUGUUUAUAAUAACCAUUUUGUCACAUUUGCAAUCCAAAAGUGAAAAUGCAAUUGGAAAGUGUAUUAGCUAAUAGAAAUGUUAGUGAUGGAAUUGAUAUGAAGAGAAGAUAAAUAUUAAUAAAAGAGAAUGAAUUGAUGAAGGUAGAGAUAAUAAUAUAAUAAUAAUAGAAUCAUAGAAAAUUAGAAGAACAAAUGGAAGAUUUGUAAUUAACAGCAGAGGAUAUUCGCAUUCAUGAAGAGAAUAGGAUAAUCCAUGAUUUAGAACUUUUUGAUAAAUUUUUUAAUUUAUGAGUUAGAAU